AUGAGUUCUGCCGACGCCGAUUCGCCUGGUAACAGGGAACGCACUGCCCACUCCGGCAUGCCAUCACAGCCACAGGCUGGUGAAGGCGCAUCCCUUUCACUAGCCGAUUUCCAGCUCUUGCUAGGAACCGAUACAGGAAGCACCACAACCCCAAGAAAAUGGUAUUCCUGGCUCCUAUGGUGGAUGCAAACAGAAUAUCGACAACCGCAAGAUGCCAUGGCUUUAUACCCGAAGAUCCUCAGGGAAGAGAAGUCGACAUUGCGACAGCUAUACGCAUUUGAUAUGCUAGUAUAUGCAUGCCUGGUUCUACAGCUAGUAAUUGCCUCAACUCUGGUCAUCCUCUCUGCAGUCAGCGGAGAUCACCAUAUUGUUGUUGCAGUCCUGGGCGCUAUUACUGCACUUAUCACCGGUGUGCUGUCCAUGGUCAAGGGUCUGGGGCAGCCUAUGCGAUUACUUAACUAUGCUGAUAGCCUCAAGAAAGUGCGGGAUGAUAUUGAAUUCUGUGAGAGUGGACUGAAAACAAGAGCCACAGCAGUGACCUACAAGCAGGUUUUAGAUAUCUGGAAUAAGUAUGUUUCUGCGAGGGACAGCCAGAUGACAAACCGUCCAGAUGUAUGGGCUCCUCUGGAGAGGGAUACCAGGACCGCUUAA